AUGAAAUUCUUUGCCCACACAUUAAUCGGCGGUGCUGUGGGAGUGACUUGCCACUUAUUACUUUUUAUCCAUCACGAAUGGCAUCUAAGAGCACCAGAUUUGCUCUGUUAUCAUCUAAUAGUCAUCGCUAUUGUUGGAGCCACACUUGACAAAGGAUUAUGGAUGCUCCUAGGAUAUCUCAUAUGCCUCUUUUCAAGUAUCAUCAUUUAUCGCAUCUUCUUCCACAGACUUAAGCACUUCCCAGGUCCGGCGGGUGCUCGUAUAACCAAGAUAUGGCACACCUGGAAACUACUUGGCCAACAGAAUCACCUUCUUUUAAAAAGUCUUCAUCAUCAAUAUGGGGAUUUUGUUCGCACUGGCCCAAGCGAAAUUACAGUCUACCAUCCCGAUGUUUUCAUGGCAAUAGACGGUCCACAAAGCAAUUGUGUGAAGGCUGAAUGGUACGACUUGUUGAGCCCCAAUCAGUCCCUCGUAACAGCUCGCACCAAAAGGCUGCAUGGAGCUCGACGUCGACAGUGGAAUCGAGGCUUUACCUCCCAAGCACUUGAUCAAUACCAAUCUCGCCUGAUACCUUUGAUCGAUCAAUUGGAAAGAUGUAUCGAUGGUGAUAUAACCGCUGAAAAAGCUUCGGAGAUGACAGAUCUGCUGUACUGGAUAGGCUUCGAUCGCAUGGGAGACUUUAUCUUCAGUCGCACUUUCAACAUGUUGUCUCGGCAGAAAUGGCACCAUGUAAUUGUCCUCCUGCAAAGAGCUUUAUCUCUCCUAGGUCCUCUCAGUCCUUUACCCUGGUUUCUUCAUCUCUGUUUCAAACUCUUUCCUCGGAUAUGGAUUCUUAAAGAUUGGUUUCAGAUGGUUUCUUGGUGUGAGAUGCGACUCACAGAACGACUCGAUUGCGUUGAAAAUAUUCCCAAAGCCCUCGAUGUCGCGCAUUACCUACUAGAGGAUGCCAGAGAAAAUCCACAUCAGUUUCCAUGGUUGACCGGGGAUAGUAUUCUUGCUAUUGUAGCAGGUAGUGAACCGAUUGCAGCUGUGCUUGUUGGACUGUUUUGUGAAAUAUACCAGGAGGUUGAAAGGGUCGACAUUAGCGAUGGUGCUCGAUCGCUAGGCUCUUCUUGUCCCCAUCUUGAAGGUGCGAUUCUUGAAGCUCUUCGUCUCUACCCGGCACUUCCCACGGGCGGUAACCGGAAGACUUUGAAAAAUGGUAUCACUAUUGGAGGAACCUUCAUUCCCCCUGAGACGACGAUAGUUGCUCCAAGAUUUUGCAUUUCACGCCGCGAGGACUGCUUUGAACAGGCACAUACGUUUCUACCGGAACGGUGGUAUAAGACUCCCCGGAUGAUCCGCAACAAGGCAGCGUUUUCUCCAUUUGGAACAGGCAAGUAUUCUCGGCCUUCGUUUUCGGAUUGGAAUUUUGACCUUUUCGAUCUUCAAGGGCACACUAGCUGUUUAGGUCGGACCCUAGCGAUGAAUGAUAUGCGCCUCAUCACCGCGCGACUUGUCAGAAGAUAUCGCUUCAGUGUCCCAGACGGUGAGACAAUGGAGUCGGUUUGGAGAGAUCUAAAAGAUCAAUUUACCUCCAAUCCCGGUCGUUUAAGAUUAUUUUUUGAGUUACGUGAAGACUGUAUUGUCAAGUCGAAAUUGGCCGACGAUAUAAAGCCUGGUUGA